AUGCAGUGCCUCCGCUGCCUGCGGAGCUUCGCACGACUAUCACCGCAAACACCAACUGCCCUCCUCCGCGCAGCGCCGAAGCUUCAAGUGUCUCCAGCACGACAAACCCGCAACCUCUCCCUCCUCUCGCCCCGCCGGCCCAUCCUCUCAAACCAGCCCGCCCUAGCACCCUCGCCCUCCCCCUCGCCAGCAACCUCCGCCCUCCAACCAUCACCAGUAUCCUCGUCAUCAGGGUUGCUCGACAUUCUCCCCCGCAUCUCCACACACCCCGCCCUCGCGAGCCAACAAGUCCGGUGCGGGCCCCGCGAUACCUACAACCCGAGCCACCUGGUGCGGAAGCGGCGCCAUGGCUUCUUAGCGCGGGUGCGAACGCGGACAGGACGAAAUAUUUUGAAGAGGAGGAGGGCGAAGGGGCGGAAGAGUUUGACACAUUGA